AUCCUGAAUACAAACCUCCUCUACGGUUGGCUCACCAGACCAGAUCGUUACAGCAUCCUCUUUCAAAAAUCCAUCCCCUUCUCUCUAGCAGAAACCACCCACCAAUCAGCGCCACGUGUCGAGGUCUCAUUGGAGGGCGCUACACAGCCCUUGCCCCUGCACACCGUCUACAGCCACGUCCACAAGGCCCACCCCUCAUGGGGCAACGCCGCCCUGCAUGUGCUUACAGGGAAGGACCUUCUGCUGGGCCUGCGCACGGACGAGAGGGUGCUGCCAAUCAAUCACGACCUGACAGCUGUCGGCCACGUGAGAUUCGGUUCCAACGGUCGACCCGCAAUCUUCGCUUCCCCCAAACUCCCCUACUUCCUCAUCUCCGACACCAAGGAGGGCAUGCUGCAGAGACUGAAUUGCGAGUGGAGGAUGCUGCUAGGAUGGUGCUUGUUUUUGUCUGCUGCUGCUGUGGGCCUCGUUGGCUUUGCUCUGUGGAG